CAGGCAGGGCAGGAGAUGGUACAGAGCAGGCAUCCUCUGGAUUUGGCUUGUGGCUUCUCCUUUGGAAAUGUGUUUGCUCCUACCCAGCCACUGAGUGCCACAAGUGGUCCGCAGAAGGUCCUCCAUGCCCAAGUUGUGCCCACUGCCCCCAAGACAGAGACCUCUCCUGCCAGCCUAGAUUUCGGGGCACAGGAGCCGGAUUUCAUUGGGACUGUAGCCUAUUUUGGACUCUUGUCUAUACUUCUGCCCCUUUUUGGAUCAGUUUGAAAGAGAGAGAGAGAAAAAAAAGAAAGAAAAAAAUUUGGUCCUCGAAAAUUAGUGCCCGACUUAGCCCGAUACUUCCCGGCUCCCAGAUGUUGAACAUGAGCUCAGAGCAGGACCAGGCACAGGAGGCGCCCUGCAGCCCAGCGGGCACCGCAAGCUCCAUGUCCCACGUGUCCGACUCCGACUCCGACUCUCCGCUGUCCCCGGCCGGGUCCGACACCCACAGACCGACGGGCAUCAACAAUAACGACCCCGAGGGGCCCAUGGAUGAGCGGUUCCCGGCCUGUAUCCGGGACGCGGUGUCCCAGGUGCUGAAGGGCUACGACUGGAGCUUGGUGCCCAUGCCAGUCCGGGGAUCCGGGUCCCUGAAAGCCAAACCCCACGUCAAGAGACCCAUGAACGCCUUUAUGGUGUGGGCACAGGCGGCCCGGAGGAAGCUGGCAGAUCAGUACCCGCACCUACACAAUGCGGAGCUCAGCAAGACACUGGGCAAACUCUGGCGUUUACUAAGCGAAAACGAAAAGCGCCCAUUCGUAGAAGAGGCCGAAAGGCUCAGGGUGCAGCACAAGAAAGACCAUCCAGAUUAUAAAUACCAACCACGCAGGAGGAAGAGCGUCAAAGCCGGGCAAAGCGACUCCGAUUCCGGGGCCGAAUUGGGCCAUCACCCCGGUUCCCAAAUGUACAAGUCCGACCCUGGCCUGGGAGGAAUGGGAGAUAGUCAUCUUCAUGGAGAGCAUGCAGGUCAAAACCAUGGCCCUCCAACUCCACCAACUACCCCCAAGACCGAUCUACACCAUGGCGGGAAACAAGAGCUGAAACAUGAAGGCCGGAGGUUGAUGGAGAACGGGCGGCAGAACAUUGACUUCAGUAACGUGGACAUUAGUGAGUUGAGCAGCGAAGUCAUCAACAACAUCGAGGCCUUUGAUGUUCAUGAGUUCGAUCAAUACUUGCCUCUUAACGGCCAUGGGGCUCUUUCGGCCGACCACGGGCAGAAUCCUACUGCACCACCUUAUGCCGCUCCUUAUGCACACCCAGCUGGAACCCCGCAAGCAUCUGUUUGGUCCCAUAAAAGUCCUUCCAAUUCAACCUCGUCUUCUGAGUCUGGUCAGCAGAGGCCUCACAUCAAGACAGAGCAGUUGAGUCCCAGUCAUUACAGUGACCAAUCGCACGGAUCACCUACUCAUUCUGACUACAACUCCUAUAGCACCCAGGCUUGUGCCACCACGGUGUCCAGUUCCACAAUACCCAGUCCCUUUCCCAGCUCUCAAUGUGACUACACAGACCUCCCAAGCUCCAACUACUACAACCCCUACUCAAGUUACCCAUCCAGUUUGUAUCAAUAUCCUUACUUCCAUUCAUCUCGGCGUCCUUAUGCCACUCCGAUCCUCAACAGCCUGUCCAUUCCUCCAUCCCACAGUCCCAACUCCAACUGGGACCAGCCAGUCUACACAACGCUUACAAGGCCUUAAAAAACUCUCUGAAACUGAUGACUUUUAUGCCAUAGAUAUGUCUGGUUGUCAUGAAGUCUUCCAAGACGUGCACUAUAGACAGAAUGUACAGGUAGGAGGCGCUGUUCCAGUUGUUAUAUAAGUGCCUGCUGACAAAAAAAGAGUAUCUCUUUAAGAGCUACGAGCCUUUUCCGUCUUUUCUUUCGAAAAACUUUUUGAACUCUGACAUGAUAUACCAUGAAGGAUGGACCUCUGAUUUCCAUAUGAGGACUGAGAAUCUCUGGGCACAAUUAGGAGGCGUCUACAGUUUUGAUGUUUACCAGAACAUGAGAUAAAGACCAAGUUCUUCGACCAAUUUACCCAGUUCUAGCUAUUCCGUUUCAUUAAGGGCUGGGAUACUGGGCCAGUUUGUGAUUAAUUUCGCACGGUCCCUUUGUUCUUUUUCCAGACUAAGGAUAAUAGAAUUACAUCACUUUCAAGACCUUUAAAACUAGUAAAAUUACGAAUUCUACAAAAAAAAUAAAAAAUUGGGGGAAAAACUAAAAUUUUGAAAAGAAAAAGGAAAUUGAAUUUUUACAUGGUCAUUGUGUCUCAGGCUUGGACUACAUAUUGUCUAUUUCGGUGAAAAUUUAAGCAAAAUGUUUGGUUGUAAUUAACUUUUUUUUAAACAAAUGUUCUUAUAGUUUUUGAGAUCGGUUAAAUAUAUAUAUAUAUAUAUCUAUAAAUAUAUUUAUGUGACAUAUAUUAUAAAUGAUUAAUGAUUUUAUUCUUUGGAAAAAAAACUGUAGAACAGGGAGAAAAAUAAAUGAGAGGGAAAGAAGAAGAAAAAUGUAAAAUUUUUGGUAAAGGAGGAAACAGGAGGUCAUGGUGCAAAAUUUUUCUAUUUUUAAUUUUGUAAAAAUUUUAUUUUCCGUGUGAUUUCUCAGACCAGCAAAUGUAUAAUAGUAAUAAUAAUAGAUGCUGGGUACAUAAUUUGUCAUAAAAAAGUGUCAAUUUGUAAAUUAUUUAUUGACCCUGACCGAUACAUUUAAAGAAUUCUUCCAUUUCACAUAGAUUACCAGGGACCAGAGUCUUCCCACCAAGCUAAGACACUAAAAAAAAACACCUCUCCUGUUAUUUUAUUAUUUUUUAACUUAGUCAAAAACUAAUAUUUUUGGGGGGCCUAUUUCAUUGCUCCUGUUCAUUGUAUGCUGAGCAUAUAAUAAUUUCUAUUUUAUCAUAACUUGUGCCUUUUUUUAAGAUAUAAAAAGAAAAACUUGUAAAUUUGAAAAAAAAAUCUAGAAAUUAUUUUUGUCCUACUUUUUCUUACUUUUUUUUCUAAAAAAAAAAAAUGUGUCCUUGGAGAUGGGAUUUUCAUGGUUAUGCAUUUAAAAGUGAAAAAUUCUCAGUUUUUCGGCAAAAUUCUAUUUUUCUGUUUUGUGUGACAACGAUUCCAGUCGUAUGUAUGUUGCUGAUAUUUUUGUUUUUCAUUAAGCAAAGCUAACUUUUGUAUAUGCUUUUCUUCGAGAAAAUUAAAAUGGCUUUUUAUUAAAACUGA